UUGACUCACGCAAACAGGAUGGCUAAAGGUCUGUCGGCAACAUCAGACUUUAUCGGUAGAUCUGACGAGCAAUUCAAAUUCGUUGGACGCGAAAACCAAAUAAAAACUCUGAAAAAGAUCUUCCUGAAUAGCAUGGUUGGUAUAUGUUCUCAACAGAGGCUCAGCACACAGGCUGUACUCAUCACAGGUGAACCAAUGAUUGGUAAGACACGUCUUGCAAAGGAGAUUGGUCAUCAGCUUGUAAGAGAUUGCCACCAGACAGGUGUCCGCCUAGACGCUUAUUUUAUCGAACUACGAAGAGUAACAGAGUUCAAUACAGUGCUUGUUCGUUUGUCUGCCGCCCUAGGAAUGCCACCAUGCUCAGAAUAUGACAUUGUAACAGUUUUUAGAAAGCGUACGCACCAUUCUCUGAUAAUAUUCGAUGCGGCAGAACAUCUUUCAGUUGAUACCUCUGCAGAGAUGCAGACAUCGUUUCUAGAAUUUUGUACAAGAAUCGUAACCAACACAAAGACAUUGCUGUUAAUUACAUCUCGAUUUCGAUACAGAUUUUUUAAAAUUCGUGCAAAGAUAUACUACCAUCGUCUGGAGAAAUUGAGUCCCAGUGAGUCUAGUAAUCUGUUAAAGUUGAUUGCAGUAAAUACAGAUUUCACUGAUGAAACAGAAGAAAAGAUUGCAAAUUUCUGUGCUGGAAUCCCUCUUGCCUUAGAAAUUGCUGCAACUGUGCUUGAAGACAACUGUUACACUCCAAAGGAACUCGUCAAAUUGCUAGAAAAGAAUCGUUUAGACGCGUUAAGCGAUGAAAAUUACAGUCAAGAAGAACAAGUUCGUCAUGUGAUAAAGUCUUCAAUCGACAAGUUAAAAGAGAUACUUAGGAAGGAAUACGUUAAGCUUUCGUAUAUUCCUGAUUCAUUUAAUGCUGAGGCAGUCGCUCAUAUUCUAGAACAUCUUGAUGGAAGAUCAGCACUAGCUAAACGUGAUGUCCUUAUUCCACUGACAACACGUUCACUGGUUGCUAGGGACACUUUGCAAGAUCGUUUUGAUAUUCACGACUUUUUACGCGAAUUCUUAUCCAAAGAAUUGUCUUCACUACCACUGGAACAGCUCUUAAGUCUUCGAAGUCGUUAUUGUGUGUUUUACGGAAGAUUACUCCAGGCAUUGGCACCUGUCGUCGAAGAAGAUUCGUGCAAGGAACUGUCCCUAUUUACUGUAGAGUUGGUGAAUAUUCAGAAGCUGUUACACGAAGCUGCACUGUGUCCAACAGAAGACUACAAAUUGUUCCUUGACAUUGCGUACAAGGCAGAGUAUCUAAUCAUCAACUUCUUGCCUCGGAAGGAAUCUGUCGAGUUUUACGCAGCGUGCGUGCGUGCGGCAGAAAGUAGGGGGCCGGCGAUGAAGAAGCAACUUGGGUUGAUGCUAUCUGGAUACGGCCAGGUGUUGGGACACGCGCAGACUAAUUACAAAAUGGCAGACGAACAAUACGAGCGGGCUAUGAAAUGUUUAACCCCAUUUGGAGACAGCGUUGAUUUGGCAUGGCUUAUUAAUCAUAUUGGAUGGAUUCGUUACUCCAAUGACCAAUUCGACCAAGCUCUGAAAGAGUUUAAGCACGCUGAGAGCAUUCUGAACCGUAUUCCAGAGGAUAGUGAACACGAUCAGUAUUUCAGAAAAAGGACUAUGGCGUCUGUUCUCAGUUGCUUAGGACUAACAUAUGCUGCAAAAGGUAAACUAAGACGUGCUUUGGAAUAUCACAAACGAGCACUAGUGAUAAGGAGGAAAAUGUGGGGGAAUCACCCAUCGAUUGGGUCUAUCUAUAACAACAUGAGCGAAACCUAUGACCGAAUGGGUGACCAUAAAACAGCUCUGGAAACGGCAAAGCUUGGAUUACAAAUCAAGAUGUUUUUUAAGAGAGAGCCGAGUACUGACAUCAUUGACUCGUUGGUAAACGUGGCCAACAAUACAUGUAAUGUUGAUGGUGACUGCGAGAAAGCGCACAAGCAUAUUAAGCAAGCGCUGAAGAUGAGAGAGUGUCUGGGUGGCAAGCACACCGAUAUUGCAAACAUCUACCAUUGUCGUGGCUUAGUAUACAAAAAACAGGGCAAUUACAGUCAAGCGCUAGCUGACCUUGAAGACGCUUAUCGUAUUAGAGAUGAGAUGUUAGGUAGCCAUGCUGAUACUGCCAACUCGCUUUUCCAUCUUGCUGACGUUGAAAUGAUCAAGGGAGCAGUAGAGGAAGCUUUGGGUCACUUACACGACUGCUUGAAGAUGAGGAAAGAGGGUCUACAAGAUCAUAACAUAGGAAUAAGUGAAGUCUUAGAAAAGCUGGGUGACCUCUAUCUUCAGAAAAAUGAUAACACACUGGCAGUGGAAUACUGGGAAGCAACAGUAGAUGAUCUAGUGGGCUUGAGAGCAGAGCUAAUUCUGCAUAAGGAAGACGAUUGGUUGAUAAAAAUUGACCGGAACAUCAAAUGCGUCAAAGAGAAAAUUAUGAGGAGCAUAAAAUUAAUUAGAAUAUAAUGUAAUGUAAUGUAGUUAUAUACUUUUAUCUGUAAUUAUUACUGAAACAUUCCGCUAUUGAAAGACCUGGUGUGCAGUGGCGUAACUACCGCAGGUUCAGCAGGUUAAAGUAUAGAAAGUAGGCCUAUAUUGUGGAUUCUAAUUAGCAUGGCUUGUUUUAACUGCAUUUUCAACUUACUUCCGACAUACCAUUUACUAAUAUUUAUAAAAUAUUUUAAUUUUGUAUUUAAUCCAUCAACUUGUGUUCCUGAAACACAAAUAGCAUCAUCAUCUGCAAAAAUACUGCAAGUACCAGGAAAAAUAAAUUUUGAAAUAUCGUUUAUGAAUAAUAACAAAUAAUUGGACCCAAGACACUACAUGUAGUAUGCCAACUCCGAUUGAUUUGGGGGUAACAUUUCACUAUUUACUUCCUUCCAGCCAAGGAGCGUUCACGUCGCUGCCUUCGUAUCGUUGAAUAAUAAACCAAAAUGCUCGACAGAGUAUGAACUCGUAUAUAGCAUCCCUGGGGGGGGGGGGGGGGGGGGG